UCCAUAGCCGCAAAACCAACAGCUGCUGCUUCAUCCUCCAUCCAUCCCUCAUCUAUCAUCUCUCUUUCUUUUGGAGCUCUGCUUAACACCACUCUCCACCUUCUCUAAGAGGAAGUAAAAGAUCCGAUGGCCGUUCUUGUGGCGAGGCAGGGUCGCGAGCUGCAGCGGUACAGCCCGCGGACCGGCGGACGCAUCGUGGUUGGGUGCAUCCCGUACCUGGUCCGCGACGACGGCGAGCUGGAGGUGCUGGUGAUCAGCUCGCAGAAGGGGCACGGCAUGAUGUUCCCCAAGGGAGGGUGGGAGGUGGACGAGUCCAUGGACGACGCGGCCCGGCGCGAGGCGCUCGAGGAGGCGGGCGUCCGCGGCGACACCGGGGUUGUGCUGGGCCUCUGGCACUACCAGAGCCGCCGGUACCAGCAGACCUACGAGGGCUACAUGUUCCCCCUCCGCGUCACCGACCAGCUCGGCCAGUGGCCCGAGAUGGCGUCCCGCAAGCGCACCUGGGCAUCGGUGCAGGAGGUCAUGGAGGGGUGCCAGCACGCGUGGAUGCGGGAGGCGCUCAAGGAGCUCGUCGACCGGCACGCCAAGCUCCAGUCCGCUCUGUGAUUAACCAGCCAGCAAGCCAGCUAACGGGCUUCCGCAAGAACAAACGGCGGCGCACGCGGUCGUCGGCCAUCUCUCUCUCUAUCUCUCUCUUAGUUCCUCGGUGCAGCGGCAGGCCGGCCGGCGUUUCCGGCCGUGUAGAAAGACGGGAUCGGAGCGUAUAUUGGCCGCCCUCACCGGAGAGGUAGAUUGAAGACGAUGACACGCGCGCACGUGCCGACGCCGGCGACUCUUUCUCCGAUGCGUGGAGUCGUCGCGGCGGUCGUCGUCGCUGCAAUAAUGGGGAUGAAAUGUUUUUAGAGGACGGAACUUUUUAACGAGAACAAGUUUUUCUUUCGGCUCCGGGAGGAGCAGCUGAAAGUGUAAAUUAAUUGUAGUGCUGUGACCCCUUUCUUGGUGGCACGAUUGAUGAAUCAAAUGUUAGACUAAUAUUGCCAAAAUUAA